CCUCCACCCCAAAUAUUGUGACAGAACAGCUGGGCUGAGAUACUUCCUGUUUAAGGUACCCUAAAACCCUUAAAUGUCAACCAAUUAGUAAUGCAGGGAUUGUGGAUGCGUUGCUUUGAUUGCAUGAGCUUGAAGGUUUUUAGGGUACCAUAAACGCUGCGAAUUCCAGCCCUGGGCUGUCACGUUAGCUGAGCAAGCCAUCAACACGUGUAUCGAAUUACCCAGUCGAGAUGUCUUGACUCUCGCAACUCGCAUAAGUCCUACACUUGAUUAUGUCUUCAAGGACUGCCACUCUCCCAGUAUUUCAAGAGCACGAGAGGAUUCAGUUGGAAUCCACCUCUUGACUCGAGACCAUGUUCCGAAGCUACCUCUCCAUACUUUUAAUUUUUUUCUCCGGAGUUUUAUCGCACGAUAGCUCAACCAAGUUGAGAUGUGAUCGACUCAGUGACAAUUUCAAGUGCAGAUUGUCUUCAAUAACGCCCUACAGAUACAUCGCCAACCACAAUGACUCGGAAAUAAAAUUUAAAGAUUGUGAAGAAAAAAAAAUCUGGCUGAUCAUAAGACAUGGGACGAGAAGACCAGGGAAACACGUGUUGAAGGCUCUGGGAGAACUAGAGAGGAUCAGGGAGGCUGUGAUAAAUAAAUGUGAUUCUGAGAGUUGUGACUUGACGAAUAAAGAGUUGAAGAGAUUGCGAGAUUGGAAGAGUGACUUCGCGGAUGAGGAGGACAUGAUUUUGACCGAGGAAGGGGAGAACGAGAUGAUUGGACUGGGGGAGAGGUUCCAGGCGAGGUUUCCUCGGUUGAUGCCUGACAAGUUUGAUAACAGAACGUUCAAGUUUAAAUUUACUCAGAAGCAGAGGACGGAGGAGAGUGCAAAAUCUUUUGCCAUUGGAUUAUUCGGUAAAAAAGGGAGUAAAAAUGUCUGGUAUCCCCCAGCGGAGAUGAAGGAUCCUAUAUUAAGAUUCUACAAAGCAUGUGACAGAUGGCAGGAACAAGUAAAAAAAAAUCCCAAAUCUUAUGAAGAAACGAAUAAAUUCAAAGAGUCAGAUAUUAUCCUGAAGAUGCUGGAGAGCAUGUCCAAUCGUCUGGGAACUAACAUCUCCUUUGAUAACGCUCGAAUAAUGAAGGAUCUGUGCGCCUUCGAGACCGCCUGGAGCGAGAAAAAUGAGUCUCCCUGGUGUGAUUUAUUCACGAAAGAGGAAUUCAAAGUAAUCGAAUUUUCCCAGGAUUUGAAAUACUACUGGAUCGACGGUUACGGUUUUCCCCUCACCUAUCAGCAGGCUUGUAUCGCAGUCAAGGAUAUGUUCGAGUCUAUUGAGCUUGACGAUGGUCCAAUGACAACUGCCUAUUUCAGCCACUCAGGAACACUCUUGAAGAUCCUUACACUUCUUGGUAUAUCAAAGGAUGACAAACCAAUUAUGCACGAUCAAUUUCCCUUCGAUGACAGAUUAUGGAGGACCUCUUAUAUUGAUGCUUUCGCUACAAAUAUAGCAUUUAUUUUAUUCAAUUGCAAGUCAACUGGACGAAGUAUUCUAGUGAUGCAUCAAGAACGAAUAAUCAAUCUUCCUGGAUGUCCCGAGAAUAUUCCCUGUCCAUUAGCAAUCAUGAAAGAUAAAUAUCCGGAUAACGAUGACGAAUGUCACUUUCAAGAAAUGUGUAACACUUAAAUUUAAGGAAAAUGGAAAAAUGAUUGUUUUAUAUUGUGAUGAAUCUCAACUGCGGGAGCGAUAAUCAGCCAGACGAAUGGAUCUGAUUUUUUUGGUGAUUGAACAUUCUUUGUAAUUCAUUCAACACGUGAAUAGAGAAUUUAAUUGUAGAAUUUUUAUUUAAGUUAACACUGAUUUAAUCCAGGCAUCAACGCUUUUUUCCCUGGGAUAAAUGUUUGUAAUAAAAAAAAUUGUUGUCAGGACUUGAAAAAUAUUUUACUAUUGUCACUUUUAUACGUAUGUUAGAAUGGUGUGAUAUGCCUUUAUGUUUCAGUCCUGGCGGAACUAUUGUGAAUGAAUAAAUGAGUAAAUAAAUAAUAAA